AUGUUGAUGAUCUGCAACUUUGCUGUGCUGGGAGCUACCCUGCUGCUGCCCUCAGUCUGGCCGGGGUUGUGGCGGCGGUGGAGGGACGCCAUCAUGCCGCCCUUCCUCGUUUCGCACACGGUCGCCCUGCACAUCUUCCUGGGCACCAAUGCCUUGGUGUCGCAGGCACUGGUGUUUCAGAGGAGCCUCACCAGCAGGUUCAUCCCGGCUCAGGCCAUCGGGUACAUGGUGUUGGCCUCGUACAACUGGCACCAGGGCCAUGUGGAGACGCUGGCGCUCUACACGCUGCACACUGUGCUGGGUUUGAUCUUACCCUGCAUCAUCGUCUGGCAAGCAGAGUACAAGGCUCGGUACUCCUUCCUGCGAGAGGCUGCCAAAGCGCGGCCGAUCAGUCUGCCACCCCUCACACUCCUGGCACGGUUGAGCUGCCUGUGGCUGCUCCCUGUCUUCCUGCUCGAGAGCCUCACAGGACCCAUGUUCAUCUGUCGUUCCAUGCUGAAGACGGGGUACUCAUGGUGGGCCAUCUAUUCGCUCAUGCUGGCCUGGUCUGGAGCAGUCGUCUUGUAUAACUCCUACUUCUACAUCCUGGCCUGA